AUGACCAUGCUGCAGUCGCAGAAGCUGUACGGCGACGCGGGUGCCAUGACCAGCGCCGCGAUGUCCGGCAUGGGCAGUAUGGCGCCCACGUACAGCUCGAUCAACUCGAUCAACAGCUGCGUCUCGAUGGGCAUGACGAUGGGCGUCGGAGUCGGGCCGAGUUGCAGCCCGCAGGGCGCCAGCGGUUUCAACAUGAGCAGCAUGAGCUCGGCGAUGGGGAUGGCGUCGAUGGGCGGCGGCGGCAUGGGUGGCUACAGCGGCGCUUCCAUGGGCGCCGGCGGUGCCUGCAUGAGCGCCGUCGGAUACGGUCCGCUCACGCCGUCGGCCGGUGCCGCUGUCAGCCGCGAUCCCCUGUCCCUCUCCGAGCCGGACUCGCCGAACUCGGCGCUGCAACGGGCGCGCAGCGACAAGUCCUACCGGCGCAGCUACACGCACGCCAAGCCGCCGUACUCCUACAUCAGCCUGAUCACGAUGGCGAUACAGAACGCGCCCAGCAAGAUGCUCACCCUCUCGGAGAUCUAUCAGUUCAUCAUGGACCUCUUCCCGUUCUACCGGCAGAACCAGCAACGCUGGCAGAACUCCAUCCGGCACUCGCUCAGCUUCAACGACUGCUUCGUCAAGGUGCCGCGCACGCCCGACAAGCCCGGCAAGGGCUCCUUCUGGACCCUCCACCCGGACAGCGGCAACAUGUUCGAGAACGGCUGCUACCUGCGCCGGCAGAAGAGGUUCAAGGACGAGAAGAAGGAGCUGACCAGGCAGACCAACAAGCACCAACAGCACCAGCAGCAUCACGUGGCGGCGGCGGCCGCUGCCGCGGCCGCCGGCGCGACCAUCGCCGGCCAGCACAGUCCGCCCACUCACGAGGGUGCGCCGGGCUCGAAGAAAACCGGCGGCUCCAUCCACCACGGCGGUCCUCAGCAGCAGGACGACAAGGACCUGCACUCGCUGGUGUCCACGCACCAUCACCAUCACACGGCGGGCCUGCAUCAGCACCACACCGUCCUCAAGAGCGACACCACCGACAUAGGCGGUCUGCUCGGGCCCGAGCUCGGCGCCGCUCACGACGAGCUCUCCGCCAUGGUGAAUCGCAGCCUGCACCAGUCGCUCUUGUCCGACACCGGCAGCCUGCAUCACGGUAUGACCGGCAGUCUCAAGCAGGAGCCGCUCUACACCGCCACCAGUCAUCCGUUCAGCAUCAACAGGUUACUGCCGCGCGACACCGCCGGCACCUCGCCCGGCGCCCAGGACACCAAGCCGCCCGAGAUGAAGAUGUACGAGCUGCACCAGAGCUACGCCAACUUCAGCUCGCCGCAUCACCCGCACGCGCACUCGGCGCCGCCCGGGCAUCACCAUCACAACGGCAUGCACGCCGGCACCAACGGCGCCGGGCCGAUGCACAUGACGAAUCAUCAUCACCAGGAGUACUACCAGAGCCCGCUCUACCAUCACGUAACCAGCGUGGCGACCACGAGCGCGCCCCCGCCGCCCGCCGUCGCCACCGCGGCGCCGGGCUUGUGA